CUGCCCGAGCUCUGGAAUGACAACGAUGGCAAUUGCCUCGUCUACCUCUUCCCACGUAGCUCCGGCAAAGGACCUUCAUUCCGUAUCGACACCGCUGUCUUUGCAUCUUCCCCUGUCCUCACCAAGUUUGCGUUUGGCGACUCAUACACCGUUCCUCCUCCCCGACCUGAGAGAGAAAGACGUCCUCUCCCCCUCGACCUUCCACCCCGUCUCUCCCUUGGGGAUCUCUCUCCACCGGGAACUCCUAAAGUCAGACCCACCAAUGUCGACACGAGAAACUCUCCUGCUUCUUCACAAGGCUCUCGAGGCCGUCUGUCCAACGUCUCAGACUCCUUUGCCGAAGUCCACCUCUACCUCCCCAUCAACUUUCAGGACCCGCAACAAAUGGUGCAGCCGAUGAUAACACCCCCUCACAUUGGCAAUGAGACGGCAAUGCACGACCUCCAGACCCUCAUCGACAUUCGCAACUUCUUCGCCUUCCUCUGCGGACAAUCUCUCGUGGCUACGGACAGAAGAGGCACUUUCUUCCACAUCUUCAUGGCAGUCGCCGGCAUCCUCAAAUCCUACCAAUUUAGCAAUCUUGAUGGAAGCACCUUCGGCGAGGCAGCAAGCUCGUCAUUCGACUGCUACGUCGACGAACUCCGACUGGCGGAUGUGAGGAGCAGCCGAGAGAAGACAAUCGAGGGCGUGGUGCUCGGCGAGCGCAUGAAGAGCGUCGCUCUCUACAAUGAAGCCUUCACCCACGCAGCAGGCAAGCUCGAGGAACUUGCAAACCUGAAAAGCGCCAAGUUCGCCUUGAUGAGUUCCGUCACUGACAACCGGCUCAUUCGUGCCUCUAUGGAUUUGGAGAAGCGCAUUGCCAGCGUCAAGCUCAUCUUGGACGACUUCGAGUUCCCGGCGUUGUUCAAGGGCUACAUGUCCAGCAAAACCAGUGACGAGCGCAAAGAAGGAGUCCGCUUUGAUAGCUGGAAAGAAGGCUUCCUCGGCUUUCGCAAGACCUACCUGGCCAUCCUGAAGAGUCGCUACGGUGACUGGCCGCCCAAGGCCAAGAGCAAGAAGAACGAUCUUGAAACGUCCGGCCUGAACCGUCUCGUCCUGCGCGACUUGUACGCUGACAUGUGCGCCGUCUACAACCUCCUCGUCGACCGCACCUCCCUCACAUCUCGCACAACCGACGGCAUCAACCUCUCCGGUCCGCGAGAAGAGCCAACGGUACGCGCCAUCCGCAUCGUCCUCUCCGAAUACGACCGCAGCUCCCCACCCGUCAAGCCGCCCGUGCCCUUCGACCUCCCCAUCUUCCCCACCCUCCGCACCAUCCACCGCGACUACGCGCAAAACGACGCGAACAAAAAGAAGGAUCUCAAAAUGCAGCAGAAGAAGUUACGCGACGACGACCUCUCCCACAUUCUCCUGCAAUCCUGGAACAAAGACGCCCUCGCCAAUCCCUCUCCCUUCCUGCAGCAAUUCUGGGAAAUGGAAAAGCGCACCGCACACGGCUGCUCCAUCUCCGAGCUCGUCGACCUCCGCAUCGGCCAGUGGAUUUUCGUCUACGUCGUCCUUCAAGCCCUUCCCAUGCUCGCCUGCGAUGCGCCGGGAGUCAAAUGGACCAAAGGAGUGGAAUACUUCCUCUGCGAGCCACCGCGCAAAGGCGUCCCCUGGGCGAACCCCAACAUGACGCCCGCCUCCGCAUCCAACGCAACAGCAGCCGGCACAGGCCGCACCUGGUUCGCGGUAGGCGAGGGCGCCAACGUCGUCUCCCUCCCCGCCGACGUCGUCGAGCACGGCGUCGAAGGCAUCUACCGCCGCAGCCACUGCUGGGUGAUGGCGGAGAAGUGGACGCAAGCGAAUCCCAUCAUGAACGAAGCGCUGCACGAGCAGGAAGCCAUGAACGCCGCGGCGGAAAUGCAAGCCGGUGGAGGUCGGGGAGGAAGCAUAGUAUGGGCACCGGAGUACACCACGCCUGAUAUUGGCGGCUGGAGAGCGGGAUCCCCGAGCCACCACCUUCUCGCCGCGCCGGAUAGUCGACCGACAAGUCGAACGAGUAAGCGCAACUCGUCCCUUGGCUUCGGCCUUGAAGCCCUUCCUUUGCCUAGUGGCGUCAUGCCCGAUGGCAGCGGGAGGCCGUGGAGUAUGAUGCCGCCUGCGACUUCUUCGGCGCCGGGGACGCCGCAUGCCGUCGACUCGAGCAAGACGUUUGAUGCCAUUUUGGGGUCUGCGAAUGCGGGGGCGGGGAAGAAGGGGAGGAAG